ACAAGCAAUUUGUAUUGCCAAUGGUCUAAUAAUACAGUGGAACAUGUCCCCUUCUGUCCAACAAAGGAGGAAGACUGGAUAAUCGCAGCAAAGCAAAAAAACUGCUCAAUGUAUGCCAGUUUACAGAACUGUACAAAGGAUAUUGAGCAAUUUCAGUAUCAUUGUGCCAUAAAUGAAUAUAAAAAUGCAACUGUGGAAGUCUGUGCACCCGUUCGUUUUAUCAUUGAUGGUUUCUGCACAGAAUUCAAUACGAAAGGCGCCCGGAUUCAGCCACAUUAUGGCGUAAAAUGUUCAGACUUCCCAAAUCCGUGUCCAGAUAGAUACAAGUCAACAGAGUCCUACAAAUAUCCAAUGUGCUACGAAUAUGCCAUUCAAUCAUCAAAGAUUACAACAAUGGAAGGAAUUUACACAACACCUCAUAUGACUAAUUCAUCAACCAGCAAUUCUGGCCAAUCAAAUGAAACUUCAUCGUAA